GGAGAUGAAAGAAUCAGUCCGGUUUUUAAAACCAUGCGUCAAAGACUGAAUAUUGAUUGAUAUGGCAGAGUGAAUAUUGAUUAACAGAAGCAAUUAAGCAAAAGAAAAGAAAAGAGUGAAUAUUGAUUGAAAUGGCAAAGAGGAAAGUUCUUGUUGUGGGGGGUACUGGGUACAUCGGGAAGAGAAUUGUGAAGGCAAGCCUAGCACAGGAGGAUCAUAUAACCACCUAUGUUCUUCAGCGCCGAGAGAUGGGUUCUGACAUUGAUAAGGUCCAAUUGCUAUUUUCUUUUAAGAAGCAAGGUGCCCGCCUUAUUGAAGCCUCAUUUUCCGAUCACAACAGCCUCGUAGAUGCUGUGAAACAAGUUGAUGUUGUCAUUUGCACCAUGUCUGGGAGUCAUUCUGGCUCUCACGAAUCUUUGUUGCAGCUCAAGCUUGUUGAGGCCAUCAAAGAAGCUGGAAACAUUAAGCGUUUCAUACCAUCGGAAUUUGGUACGGACCCUUCACGGAUGGGACAUGCUCUUGAGCCUGGAAGAGUGACAUUUGAUGAUAAAAUGGUAGUGAGAAGAGCAAUAGAGGAUGCUAAAAUCCCCUUCACUUAUGUAACUGCUAACUGUUUUGCUGGUUACUUUGCUGCCAACCUUUCUCAAAUGGAAACACUCUUGCCUCCUAAGGAAAAAGUUACCAUCUAUGGUGAUGGCAACGUCAAAGUGAUUUACGUGGAUGAAGACGACGUUGCUUUAUACACAAUUAAAACAAUAGAUGAUCCUCGAACAUUGAACAAAACACUGCACAUUCGGCCUCCAGAGAACAUUCUCUCCCAAAGAGAACUAGUUGAGAAGUGGGAGAAACUUCUUGGGAAGGAACUAGAAAAGAUUAGCAUUUCACAAGAAGAUUUUCUCGCCUCCAUGAAAGGACUGGACGGUUUUGGCCAGACAGUAGUUGGGCAUCUCUAUCACUUUUUCUAUGAAGGUUGUUUGACAAACUUUCAAAUAGGAGAAGAGGGUGAAGAAGCUUCAGAGCUAUAUCCAGAUGUGAAAUACAUACGCAUGGAUGAAUACCUAAAGCUCUAUCUAUAGCUUUGAGGUACUUCACGAGUUAACCAAUUGGGCUUCCAAGGUUAAUUGUGAGGGUGUGAGUGUGUUGUAUAAACAUGGCCUUCCGAACUCAGUGAAGAUCUCCGUGAGUGCUGAGUCGCAGCUUUUCUAAUUACAGGGUUGCUAUAGUAUGUGUUUUUUUGUUGGUUGGAAAAUUAUUAGAUACUCUCAGAGUACAAUAAUGUGAUUCUUACAUUCAUAAUAGACCCUACUAUAAAUUUAAUUUGUGAAAACUACCAUAAAUGUAAAAGGUCAAAACAUCACCUCAUCGUAGUUUGGAAAGGUUCAAUAAUUACUCAUGUUUGUUAUGGUGGUUG